AUGAAACGCAGUAACGAUUACGGUAAUCAAAGUCACGAUAAUAUAAAAAAGCCACGUUUCGGAGGACAAGGUUACAACGGUAGCGGUUAUUCUUUGGCAGGAGGGAUGAGAAGUGACCUUAAUCAAGGAUCCUCAAGUGAUUUAUAUUAUCCAAAUCCACCUGUAGGUCCGUCUUCAAUGAUGGGUAAUCCCACAUACUCUCAAAGUGCUGCGGGUUUCCACCAUCAUCCUGGUCAUUCAAGCGGUCAUUUUGCUGGUAUGAACGUGUAUCCAACUCCCACACAAUAUGCAUCCAUGAACCAAUAUACUUCUAACGUUAGUAGCAUGGUUCCCCCAUUCACAAGUGCUUUUUCCGGCGCGCAGUAUCCAUCAUCUUAUCAACAAACAGUUGUACCUAACGCAACUGCUAACGCUACAGGUCGUACCGUUUAUCUCGGAAAUCUUCCCCCAGACGUACAUUUUGAGGAGAUGCUAAAUCAUGUUAAGGUUGGCCCAAUAGAGUCUGUUCGGGUCCUCAACGAUAAAAGUUGUGCAUUUAUUUCAUUCAUGGAUGGUGCAGCUGCUAUGGCAUUUUAUCAAGAAGCAUCAAGCCGAAAGAUCGUUCUACACGGUCAAGAGCUCAAAGUUGGUUGGGGAAAACCUUCACCUGUCCCAGGAAACGUUCAAGUGGCAGUUACUACUCAAAGUGCCACGCGUAACGUAUAUUUAGGGAAUUUGGAUGAAUCAAUAACCGAAGCAACCUUACGCGAAGAUCUGAGUAAAUACGGAACUCUUGAACACGUCAAAAUUGUCAGAGAAAAAAAUAUUGGAUUUGUUCAUUUCUUGAACAUUGCUAGUGCUAUGAAAGCUGUACAGAUGCUUCCUACUGAGCCUAAAUACGCCAACAAGAAAGUCAAUUACGGAAAGGAUCGAUGCGCUCAAAGAACAGGGAUAGGAAAUGGAACUGCCACACAAUACGCGUUCCCAGUUAGCACUAUUAACUUCCAGAGUUUUGGUAACGCUGGAUUUGGAUUUGAUCCUUAUCAUGCCGCUUCUGUUACUGGCACUGGUCACCUUGAUAACGGUACAGAACUUCGUAGCCCUACAAGUCCAUUGUUUUCCUCAGCUUCUUCCGCGGCAGGCAGCACGACUUCUGGAUCAACCGCUAAUAACCGUACUAUUUAUCUUGGGAACAUUCAUCCAGACACCACGUGUGAAGAAAUUUGUAACGUAAUUAGGGGUGGCAUUCUUCAGCAAAUUCGAUAUUUACCUGAAAAGCAUAUAGCUUUUGUCACAUUUGUUGAUCCCAACGCAGCCAAUACGUUCAUGUUCAUCGCGCAACAAACUGGUGUGGUGGUUAAGAAUCGCCGUCUUAAAGUUGGAUGGGGAAAAAAUCCAGGGCCUUUGUCUGCUCACGUUCAAAUGGCUGUAAAUACCCAAAGUGCAUCUCGCAAUGUGUACGUAGGUCAACUAGAUGAGAGCAUGACCGAAGAAAAGCUUAAGCGAGAUUUUGCAGAAUAUGGAGAUAUUGAAUUGGUGAAUAUUCUUAAAGAAAAGAAUUGUGGAUUUGUCAAUUUCACGUCUAUCCUUUCAGCUAUGAAAGCUAUUGAGGGAAUUAAGUUAAAGGAAGAAUACAAAAAAUUCCGCAUUAACUUUGGUAAAGAUCGAUGUGGCAAUCCCCCAAGGGGCGUUACCGGACUCAACAACGGAACCGGAAGUAAGACGAAUAAAGGGCGAAAUAACGGGGAAUCCGAUGCUCGAGUCCUUCACGCUGGCGAUUCCGAAUCUGACGGUAGGAAUAUCGAUGGCGGCGAAGACGACGGUGGGGAUGGGGAAGGCGACGAAGAGUAA